UUUUGUGAGAAGUUUGAAAUUUCAGUUCACGAAAGUCUGUCAAAUGUAACAUGAUUUGUAGAUACAUCUUUUGUUUUUUUCCGGCGGUUUUGCUUUUUUUUUUUGAGAACUUCUUAUCAGAAAGAAAUAGCUAGUUUUAUAGAAAUGUCGGAUUAAGCAAAACGUUUCCCCAUCUGUCGAAAUUACCUUCAGCUUUUACUAUGGCUCUUUACGAUAACCGGCAUUGGUUACUAUCUCACAUACGAAAUUCAUUUAUAUCAUCGGACGAUACAGGUAUGUGUGAAGUAGUCAUGGCCAGUGAAAAUCUCUGUAAGAACUUCCCGGACUCGUAUAAGUAUCCUGGUAUAGAGGAAAACGACGAAGAUGACGAUUUACCCCAAUCUCUUGACAACUAUUCAGAUUUAGAAUUUGGUCUUCGAAGACAACGAUCAAAUACAGCUAUUAGAUUAGAGAAAAUGGACCGGGAACGAAAAGAAGCUGCGAAUAUAACCCAUAUAAAAUGGGAAAAACCUAGACCGUUCGCGUUGAUAUCGGAGGAAGAUAAGAAUGACAUGUUUACUGAAAAAAUACUUCCUGGUAUGGUUGAAAAUCGUACUCGAAAAACUUCCGUAUUGACCCAGCAGCUUAAAAAAUCCAACUGUCUUCAGAAAAAUCCGUUCCAACAAUACGCUAAAUUCGAUGGAACUGCGCAAGUAGGCAUACCUAUUCGAAAAUAUGGAAUUUUUCUAACUAUGCUGAAACCAGAACACAGUAAUUUUCCUAUGUUCGUUUCUGUCGUUUCUUGUGCAAAAGUAAGCGAUUUAAUAGGAUUUAUUCUAUGGAAAUGUACGCUUCAAUAUUCCGAUUAUUCGUUCAAGGAUACAGUGGAUUUUUAUGCGUUAUAUAUUGCUGAAGAUGAUGGCGAAGUGGACAGAGUGUUUCCUUGUUUAGAUCCAAAAGAAACCGUGUCUAAAUUCGAAUUUAGAAUGUUAGCUUUAAUUGAACGUUCUUCUGAUGAAAUUGAUUUAGAGGAAAAGUUUUCUGAACGGCGUCAACUAGUUCCGUUCGAGAAAGAUUUUCCUUAUCAAAACAACAAAAGCGACGGUUCAUACGAUACCGUUGACGGAACAGAUGAUAAACAGUACGAUAUGGAACAAAUGUCUGGAAUCGAUGCGCUCUUAUAUAAAUCUUACAAAGUGUUCUUGUUGAGUAAAGUUAGAACGAAAGUGGAAGUCAAUUUAGGUAUUUCCGGUGAAAAAAUUGACAUCGAUCCAGUUGUAAAACAACAUACCAGCACCAAAUUUCUUGCAAAACGAAAACCAAUUUCGUACGAUUUUGACCACGUCGUAGCUUGCGAUUUGACUGAAACUAAAUCCCACAAUAAGGCAGUAUUUCGUCUUGUGUAUGAUGGUUCUACUGUGCAAGAUGCCACUUCGAGUUCCCUCUAUUCGGAAUUAUUAUCUUGGAAUGAUUUCAAACAUCACGAUUUUGAAUCAGAGCAGCCUGUAGCCGAAGAAAUUGUACAAAAAGUCAACCACAUAUUAGAUUUACGUUGUAGUAUUCGUCGUAAGGAGUAUUUGGCUAUGAGAGAACAAAAAAGCCAUCGGAGAAGAUUCUCUUAUUGGGCAUAAUGUGAUUUCCUUUAUAUUUAAUUAUCUGCACGAUUGGAAUUACUCCCACGAUUUGUGUAGAUAUUCUUUUCAAUUUUUCAAAAAAUUACUUGAUACAUAUAUUGUUUUAUUACCGAAUGGAGUUCUAGUCUUGAAAUACGUACUGAUUUUUAUGGCUAACUCGCUUGCUGUAUAUUGGUAAUUAGGUUUGCAUGUUGUAUUAUUCAUUUUUAUCAUGUCAAGUUCAACGUGUAAUUUUUUCAUUCAUUUAAUUUCUAGUUUUAUUUGUACCUGCAUUGUAAAUAACGUAUUUACUUCUGCACCAUCACUGUGAUCAUUAAAUCGUAAAAUUGAUUUUUAUUAAAUUUUUUUAGUAUUAAAUUUUAUACGUUAUUGU